AUGAACUGUGUGGCCAGGUACGCCGGUGGCGCGUACGAUAUGUCCAAAAUGGACAGGAUAAUGCUCAAGUUCCGGCCGAUUGCUCCCAAACCGGUUUCGGCCGAUGGAUCCGUUUCCGGCGGUUCCAGCAGCGUCUCCGAGAGCGGCCUCGCGCGUGCCAAAACUGGCCGCGUCAAAAGACGGGGCGAGGCCAGAAAAACCCGGAGAAAUAAUUGUAGCAAGAGGAGAAAACCUCCGCCGGAGAAGGCCGAUUCCGGAGGAUCCGUUACCGGCGGCGAGGAGGUUGUGAGAACUCUGCGGCUGCUUCCGGAGGAGCCUUGUGUGAUCGAGAAUCGGAAGGUAGCGCCGCCAGAUCUGAGUUAUCCGCUGUGGUUGAGCUUCGGAGACGGGGGGAUCUCGGCGGAGGUGCAGGGAUCUGUCGUUCAGUCGUGGGUGAAAGUGGAGCGAGUGACGGAGGCGUGGGCGGCGGUGGGGAUGGGGUGGACGGACGAGGAGAAGGUGAUGGUGCUGGACGGGGACACGUGUCCGGGGUUCGUGUCGGACGGGCUGAAUCGGGUGACGUGGACGAACGCGGCUUACCGCCGGAUGGUGGCGGAGGAGGGGGCGGAGGUGGCGGCAUGGGUGGUGGUAGAGCGGGAUGUGACGCUGCCGGUGGGGUGUGCGGGGUUCACGUGCGAGGUCAGGGUUGUCACGUGCGGGGAGAAGAAAGGGAACAAAACGGUACCGUGUGACGUGUGGAGGAUGGACUGCGGGGGAUUUGCAUGGAGACUCGACACUGCCGCCGCUCUCUCGCUUUGGGUCGGCCAUUGA